CUUAUCUCAAGAUCCACCUUGCAGAUCUCCCACGCUGUUCUUUUGGUCCGCCCCAUUGCGUUGUGUGACACAACUUGUGUCCAUGUCAAUUAUCAGUUUACUGAAAAAAUGAUGUCAGAGCCUGAGGCAGAAAUGGCCGCUUAAGCCCACACACGUCGUCACAAUAACUCAGUGAGUUCCAGACUCCAAUGGUACAUGACUAGUCUAGCAGUCUAAAGAAAACGAGCGAUCCUUUCUGAAACCAAUUUUUAUAAUACUAUGAACUUUCGAGUUUAUAUUUACAGAUUUCCUUUUUUGAAAUUGAUAACUUACACUCAUGGCGGACGAUGCUACACAAGGGGAUCUCGGUCGAGCGAUACUGAAUAUUCUACCUGCGGAACUUCUGUCCAAUAUCAUUAGGUACCUUCCGACCAUAGAAGAAGUCAGGAACCUUAGUUUGACCUGUCGCGGUCUUACUGCCUUCAUUCAAGAGCAAGGAUGGAAGAUCUGGGUCCAGACACACUUCCCCACCUUCAACCCACCGCCCAUAUGGGAAUCCGUCGCCGUUGAGCUAGCAGCGCUCUCGCAACACCUCGACACGAAGGCAAUGACCCUUCGACACUUAGACCCUACCGGAGCCACCAUCUUGAUCCCCCCUGACUGGCCAGACUACAAGUGGCCUGCCUCCAGCGCGAGGCAGACGAUCGGCUAUCGAGCCGUCCUGGACAGCUAUGAAGAGUGGAGGGCGGGAGACUGGGGGGCGCGACGAGAGGUGCUGGGAUGGGGAGCUGGUCCGGCCUGCUACUUUCGCGUGAGGGAGAUCGAUCCGAACGCUACUGGAAACAAACGAAGCAAGCCAUUCAGAUGGUGCAGCUUCAAGCCGCCGAAUGCGGUGGAUGGACACGAUGAUGUGACUAUGCUGAAGCUCCUCGGCGUGCAAGACCCCACAGGCCAUUUUCCUAAAGGGGAUAGAGUCCUCAUUGGAACCGCGGCCGGCAGUCUUACACUCGCGAGCUUCUCGCUUGAGGGGAGUGCUAACGACAGGAACACCGCUCUCUUGGCUGGCUUUGGCACGGGACAACGUGCAUUGCUAGGCGGCGAUGUAUCGCCUGCUGGAGAUGGGUUAUUUGCUGUAUCUCUGGGCAAGGCGGAUAUCGCUCUCUACCGCGUUCCAGAUGAGCAGAUGUCGGAUGUUAAUCCGUUGAGCGAAGUAACGGCAUUCCGCGACACAAAAGACAGUCGGUUGUGGUGUUGCAAAUUCAUGUCGGAAACCCAACUCGCUGCUGCUGGUGGUUUAUCCACUCAUCCGAUCAAGAUAUAUCAAGUCACCCCUUCCGGAUUUUCAGAGUCUCCCGUAAACUCUUGGGAGUUUAAGGAUGGACUUUCGCGCCAGGGCACGCCGAUUACCACAGGAACAUGCUACGCCGUGGAACCGAUUCCCCAAUCCUCAUCUUUAUACAAUCCUGGGACCUUCGUGUCGGGCCUUAGAGACGGAAGUGUCAGGCUGCAUGACUUAAGAGUACCCGGUCUAGGCGGCAGAUGCCUAUACGAUCUGUUGCCCGGACCUGUCUACUCCCUCUGCUGCAUCGGUGGACGAAGUCUCCUUGUCGGUUUGGGCGAUAGCCCAACUAUCGCGAUUCUCGACCUCCGCAUGCCUGGUAGUCGCGUCUAUGACUGGAGAGAUGCGUUGACCGAAGAUCAACGCAAGGAUCUGACAUGCCCGCUCGUCCAAGCUCCGUCCGUUAUCCGUGACGGUGGCGACCUUCCCAACAAAGCUGAUGAAGUAUUCGGAGCCACCUCCGUGGACCUGCACAAGAUAGUGCAGCGGAUUACCGGCUGGAACAGGGCUCGAAGCACAUUUCCGAUUUACUGUCUAUCGCGCCCCUCGUCUGUCUCGUCGAGUGUCUUCGUUGGUACACAGAAUGGAGUGGCGCAGCUAGACUUCCAGGAUAACCACGAGGCUUGGUGGGAUUCCUUUUACCGAGGAAAUGAAGCAACUUAUGACCGGCUUCUUACCGCACCUGACCUACGCAGCAUUGUCAGUAUGACCAUGGCAGAGCGGAGGUUUGACACGAGGCAAACGUGGUAUUGGAAACAGGCAGAGCUACCGUCCCUUGGACAUCCUCCGCACUCUACGAAACUGCCGAAGGAUGCAGUAAGCUUCCUUGGCGGACUGGACAUGCGGUGGAAAUUGGGAUCUUAGCCAGUCACGGCAUAUGUGAGUAGGUAUGUAAAGUGGGAGGCCCCUUUGACAUCCUCGCUACGUCAAGAAUGUGAAAAGGAGCGUGUUCGAGGUCGCCAAUGCAUAGACUACUUGUCUAUGAAUAGAAAUAAUAUAGUCAUAUUCAGGGUAUAGAGAGG